CGAGCCCACGUUACCUAGGGCAACCGCAGUGCGGCCGCACCUGAGCUGUGCGCCUGCGUCCCACCCGCCGUACCCUCCCUCCCCUCUGUGCGGUCCCCUGCCCCGCCGCUGCAGCGGGAGGGGGGCGUCGCCCCCUCCGCGUCCAGUGAGUAUCGAUCGUCCUCCCCCGCCCCACCCCGCAGACACAGACCCGCCGCCGCGCCGGCGCCUCCGCCGCCCGCCCCGUCAGCGCAGCCAGGCCUCGCCGCCCCGGCCCCAGCUCCCAGCGUGCACAGCGGCGAACGCUCGGGUGGGAGCCGGCGAGAUGCGCUCGGCGGGCGGCGCCCACUGACCUCGCUUGGCGGCCCGGUCGGGGCAGGGCCGGAGCCGGGAGCCAGCCCCGCCCGCCGCCCCGCCCAUGGGCCGCCGGCCUUCGCUGCCACCCGCCCGGAGGACAGAGCCGAGGGGGGAGUCGCCUGAAGGACCGCGACGGCCGCGCCCGCAGGUCACCUGGAUGCCAGCAUGGCCACCGCAAACCUGGAGAACCAGCUGCACAGCGCGCAGAAGAACCUCCUGUUCCUGCAGCGGGAGCACGCCGGCACACUUAAGGGCCUGCACGCCGAGAUCCGGCGGCUGCAGCAGCACUGCACAGAUCUGACUUACGAGCUGACACUCAAAAGUUCGGAACAGACAGGAGACGCCCCUUCCAGGAGCAGCGAACUGCAGAGGAGAUGCGAGGAGCUGGAGGCCCAGCUGAAGGCCCAGGAGCAGGAGAACGCGGAGCUGCUGCGGGAGCUGGAGCAGAAGAACGCCAUGACCGCGGUGCUGGAGAACACCAUCAAGGAGCGGGAGAAGAGGUACCUGGAGGAGCUCAAGGUCAAGAGCCACAAGCUGAACAUGCUGUCUGGCGAGCUGGAGCAGCGCGCCGGCACUAUCGCCUACCUGACCUCCCAGCUGCACGCCACCAAGCGGCGGCUGCUCAGCUCCAGCGGGGCCUCGGAGGGUAGCCCGUCGGGGAGCCCCGUGGCCAGCUACAAGCCGGCCCCUCCCAGGGACAAGCUGCCCGACACUCCUCGCCGCCGCAUGAAGAAGAGCCUCUCUGCCCCCCUGCACCCGGAAUUUGACGAGGUCUACAGGUUGGGGGCCGAGAGUCGGAAACUACUCCUGCGGGAACCAGUGGAUGCCAUGCCCGACCCCACCCCGUUCCUGCUGGCCAGGGAGUCCGCCGAGAUGCACCUCGUCAAGGAGAGGCCCCUGGUCAUCCCCCCCAUCGCCUCUGACCGGGGCUCCAGCGAGCAGCACAGCCCGGCCCGCGAGAAGCAGCACAAGGUCCACGUGGGCGUGGCCCACCGCAUCCCCCACGGGGCCGCGCUGCAGGCCCCGCCGGAGGUGGAGACGCUGGCGGUCGACCAGGUGAAGGGAGGCAAAGUCGUCAGGAAGAACUCAGGGGCGGACAGGACUGUGUGAGGCCUGCCAGGCGCCCUUCACCCUUGGCUGUCCACGCACUGUGACCCCCACUGGGGAAAGCCCAUCCACCCGCCCCCGUUUCCUUUCAUUCUCACGCAUGCCAAAUUGUUUUCCGGCCCGUCAACAGAUUACUCCCCCCACUCCACUUGCUCUUACACCAAAACGUGAUUGUGUCCCUGCUGCUGCUGCAGACACCUGUUUACUAACCGCCGUGGCCAAACACCCGCGUGCCGAAUGGCUUGCUUCUCCGCCCCGCUCCGCACGUCUCCGCGUGCUCGGCCGGAGCGAGGGCCGCAGCUGCACGCUGCUCACGGCAGUGAGCUCAGGUAGCCACGCGUGUGUCCCGGGCUGCCCGUGCAGGGCGGCCCUGCUCCCUCCUGAGCCCGUAACCUCCUUCAGACCCUCCCCAGGGCGACACCGUGACCGAGCGGCUGUAUCUGUAUGUCACAGGCACUAAAUAAGAUGACGUUACUCCUUCUAUCACCGCCACCUGAAGUGUGUUCAUAUUUUUUGUUAGUUUUCUCCAAAAUGUUCAAGAUCCCAACAAACUUUAUUUUCUAAACCUGC